AUGCUUUUUAACUCCCAAUUCAAAACCGAAAGAAGGCAUGGUAAAAGGGGCAGCCAUCUACCUUUCUCGGUGAACAGGAAGGAAACGAAACCAAAAGGGAGGCUCGGUUGGCUCUCGGCACUCCAAAAGGCUCGGUUUACUGCAGCCCGGUGCGAAUGCGCCUCAGCUGUGACUCGUCCCUACCAACCGGAGGGUUCGGAACCCGCUCGGUAUAUACUCGCUGCUGCCACUGCUCGCGCACGGCUCCUCGUUCGUCUUCUCGCGGGGCGUUCUCGGCUGUUACUCGCGUGGAGGGAAAACUGA